GCGUCGCUGUUGUCUCGACGAAUGCCUCAAAAAAGCUAAAAGAAAAAAGAAAAAAAGAAAGAAAAAUCGCACUGAAGCACUUUAGCUAAGCUAGCUAGCGCGCUAGCUUCUCUUCAUAUGUGAUUCUCGAGAAGAACGGAGCAUCAGGACAGGAGCAGUAGUUCAUGGAAGACAAGAAAAGGAAAAAAGACGAUAAAAGGAAAAGGGAAGCCUCUCAGAAGGUUACAGAACAAAAGAACAAAGUGCUAGACUUGACCAAGCCGGCAUCUGCCCAGUCUCCUGCCACUCAGAGCAGCUCUGCCUCCCCCAGCCCUGGACCCACCCCCUCUGCUUCCCCAUCCCCAGCCACCUCGGGCCCUGGCAGUGCUGCCACCCAGUCACAGGGUGGCAACAAUGCCAAGCGCCUGGCGGUGGCCAACGGACAGCCCACCUCCACCACCAGUUCUUCCUCCGUCGCUGGCGGCCCCAGUGCUACUGGAAACGGGAGUACAAGUAGCGGAGGCGGAGCCCAGGCGCCUCAGCAGCAACCCCGCUACAUGCCGAGAGAAGUGCCGCCGCGAUUCCGCUGCCAGCAGGACCAUAAAGUGCUACUGAAGAGGGGUCAACCGCCACUGUCCUCCAUGCUGCUGGGAGGGGGAGGAGGAGGGGACGGCCCCAAUGCAAACAUGGCUGCUGUCUCAGAUUCCAGUGCAGCUGCCUCCUCAUUGGCCCUCACCUCAUCAUCAGUUGCUGCUUCUACUACUACUUCUAAUUAUGCAAAUUCCAUGUGGGGGGCGAGCUCAGGCAGCCAAACCUCCUCUCAGGGCAGGGAGAAGGUGAUUGUCGAUGGCAACGACCUGGAGGAGUGGCCUAGCAUCGCUGGCAAUGAUGGGGGAGGAAGUUCUUUCGCCGUGACUGGAGGGGGCAGCAGCAACAACGGAAUGCCUGUGAACAGCAUCAGUGCCUCUGGCAACCAAUCUUCACCCACUUCCUUGUUCUCUUUGCCCAAUGAAUGUAUGCAGUCGUCCAAUGGUGUGGCAUGGGGGACGGCUGCCUCCCAGGGUCAUCUUGGAGGAGGGAAUACAGUAGCUGCAGCUGGGCCUCUGCUACAACAGCCCUCCUCACUUUCCAAAGCCUCCGCUGUGCCAGGGAGCCAUGAUGCCAGUGGCCCCGUUGACGGCAGCAGUGGGAUUCCAGGUGCCAACUUCAAUCCAAAUGCCAACCCUUCGGCCUGGCCUGCCCUGGUGCAGCAGGAUGGGCCUGCUGCUGCAGGGGAAGGAGGUCAGUCUUCCUUCCAUCACCAGGGCCCUGGAGGGUCUUUGUCUGCCAACAACUCUGCUUCCCUGGGGCUGGGAGCCGGGACAGUUGGGGUGUUGGGGGGUCACCCACCUUUAUCUGUGAAUCAAUCAAGCACCCAUCAGCACCAACUUCACCAAAUGCAAUCCAGAGACAGAGAGAUGGGAGGGGGGAAGUGGGACAGCGAAUCAGCGGGACCAAAAAUCGCAGGGGGGGAAGGGAUUGGGGGAGGAAUGGACCGUAGUGUGGGAGGAGGCGGGAUGAGCGUGGGAGACCACAGCCUUGCCUCCUCAUGGAGAGGCCAGCCUUCUUACCCUGCAGCUAACUCCAAAACGGGUGCCUCUAGGACUGACGGAUGGGAGGGAGGAGGAAGUGGCACAGGGGGAUUCGGAGCUGCUGAAGGGGAUAAUGGGACCUCGAGUUGGGGGUAUCCAAGUUCCACUAGUGGGGUUAAUGCUUGGGGUAGCGCUGGAACUGGGGGAAACGGUAGUCAAACCUCCGGGGUAUCUCAGGGAGGGUGGGGGUCAUCAGGAGUUGGAGGGGAGAGAGCGGUGUCGGGCGGUGACUGGGGCGGGAGCUCCACCGGUAUUGGCGGAGCCAAUCCAGGAGGAGAGGGCAUGGGGGGCACCUGCAGCAGUAACAGCAGCAGUAGCGGGGUCAGCACAGCCGGCAACCCCCCCGUCACCUCCUGCUCCUCCUCAACAGCCACCGCUUUGACUAGAGCUUGGGACAAUCAGAAGGGAGAGGGUGAAACAGGGGAAUGGGGCGGCGGAGUAGGAGGACAGGGAGCACGGGGAGGAUCCUCAUCCAGCGGUGGAAAUUCCAGAAGUGGAAGUGAGCCGAACAACAGUAACAGUCGUCCUCGCCGCCCGGCACCCAGUGCUGAAGGUGCCUUACAGAGCCUGCUCAGCCGGUCUGAUCUGGACCCUCGGGUUCUGUCCAACACAGGCUGGGGCCAAACACAGAUUCGACAAAACACGGCCUGGGACUUGGAAGAUCAUGGAGGACAGAGUAAAGGUGGAUCGACAUCAGCUACAUCGAAACACCCAUCUACUCUCGGUGGUUCUUCUCAGUAUUCCGGUGGACCCAGGACCCUAAUUACUGAUUCUAUGGGUCCUGGGGUCAAUCCUUCCAUGGUUCCAUCUGCUGGGUCCUCUGGAGAGGGCUGGGAGAGCAGCAGCAACAGUAGCAGUAGUGGGGCUUCUCUAUCUGGGAGGGCCCCACCACCUUCAGGCUCCAACAUGAGGAAUCUCGGCGUCUCACAAUCUGGGCCAGUGACCACAACAGGACCUGGUAUGGGUUCAGGGGUAAUGCCAGGACAUAGCCAGCAGGGGAAGACUACAGGCUGGGGUGGAGGAGGGAUGGGGUCUGGAGAUGGCAAGGAGGCCAAAGGUUGGGGGAACGAGGAAUGGAGGAACAGUAGAGGAGGAAAUGGAGGAGGGUGGGGCGACGUUGGCCAACAAGGUGACCAAGUGAGUGGAGGCUGGGGAGGGUGUCAGGAGGAGAAAGGGAAAGGGGGCUGGAAGGAGAUGGGAGGAGAUGGAGGAGGCAGCAGCGGGUGGGGAUCAGGACAGAAGGUUGGGGCAGGUAGGGACUGGGGAGAGCAACAGUCCAAAUCAAAUAACGGAGGCGGGGGUUGGGACGAUGAGAGGAAGAACGGAGGAGGAAACUCAGGUGGGGAUUCAGGUGCGGGUGGCUGGGGAAACUGGGACGAGGGCGCUCCCCGGAGAACCUGGGGAGCAGGGGGCACAGGGGGAGGAGGGAGCGGAGGAGGGGGGAUGGGUGUCGUCGGGGGCAUGGGGUCCAAACCCCAUCAAAGUUGGAGCGGAGGAAACAAAAUGCACCAGAUGCCAAACAGCCAGUCGGGCUCCAUCACAGGCCCGCAGGCACAACUGCAACAGCAACAAUCACAGCCCCGUAAUCAGCAUCCACAGCUGCAGCAAGCAUUGGACCAAGGGGCUAUGCAAGGGGGCGGGGGGAGAAAACCCAUCUCCCAAGCCCAGAACCAGAACCAAAGCUCAGGCUGGACCUCGGGGCCCAUCCCUGGUGGCCCUGGAGGAGGAAGUGGAUCUGAACCAAGCGGUUGGGAGGAACCCUCACCGCAGUCUAUUAGCAGGAAGAAUGAGAUAGAUGAUGGAACAUCAGCAUGGGGAGACCCAACCCGUUACAACUACAAGCCGGUCAACCUGUGGGAUAAGAACAGCACCCCUGCUGGCCAGCAGCCUCACGGCCAGGCUCCGGCUCCACAGCAGCAACAGCAACAGCAACAGCAGCAGCAGCAGCAGCAGCCACCACAGCAACAGCAACAGCAACAGCAGGGACCUCCAAUACAGCAGCAGCCUAGCAGGCAGGCUGCUGGGCUUGGAGGUAACAGAGACUUCAACACUGGCCAUGGACCUGGGAAAGCUGCAGCAAUGGGUUCGUCAGGUUGGGGUGGUGCUUCUCCAACCAGUCCAACAGUAGACAAUGGCACAGCAGCUUGGGGAAAACCUAACGAUACCCCCACUGACUGGGGAGACCCCGACGACGCCGGAGGGAAGACGACAGGCUGGGGAAACCCUACUCCCAACCCCAUCAAACCUGGUUCAAAGUCUAUGCAAGAUGGCUGGGGGGACAAAGAGAGCUCUGUGGCAGCCUCGCGUCACUCGAGCUGGGAGGAAGAGGAGGAGGGAGGCGGCGGCAUGUGGAACAGCACCGGCUCCCAGGGAAGCGGCUCAUCUUGGGGACAGGGUAGCAACGGGGGCUGGGGUCAGACCCACCCCGGCAAGAAGCCCAGCAGCAAGGGUCCACUGAAGGCUGGCGGAGGAGACUCAUGGAUGAGCCCCAUCAAUAGACAGUUCUCCAACAUGGGGCUGCUGAAUGAUGAUCCCAGUGGCCCAAACAUUGACCUGGCUCCGGGUUCUCUCCAGGAGAAGAAGAUGGACGCCGAGAAAAGAGGCAUGGGAAUGACGGAUUACAAUGGCGACAUAAGGAAAGGAGGAAGAGUAGGAGGAGGUGGAGGAGUAGGGGGGAUGUCAUAUCGCUCACCCGUUUCCAAAGAGGCAGUGCCCGGCGAUGCCGGUUCCUACUACGACAAGACCUUGCCUUUGACCAAUCAGGAUGGGUGCCUUGGGGAGGAGGGUCCUCGCUCUCUGUACUCACCACCCACUGUCUACAAGCCCCAUUCCCUCUUCAACCACACUAUCCCCUUUAGACAAGGCGGCCAUGGUAUCUUUGGCAGUAGCGGAGGGAUGGCUCAGUCAAGACACCAGCCCAGCGUCCCACCCAUAAACCAGUCCCCAGGGAUACGAGCGCAAGUGCCUCAUCAGUUCCUGUCGCCUCAGGUGCCAGGCUCCGUGCUGAAGCAGAUGCCCCCUCCCAGCGGGAGCGUGGGGGGUGUUGGCGGCGUGGGAGGAGUGGCAGGAGUCGGGGGAGGUGUGUUCCCUCCACAGCUGUCCCCCCAGCAUAUUGCCAUGCUCAGCAGCAUCUACCCACCUCACAUCCAGUUUCAACUGGCUUGUCAGCUCCUCCUCCAGCAGCAGCAGCAGCCACAACAGCAGCAACAGCAGCUGCUGCAAAACCAGAGGAAGUUCACGCCGAAUGUGAGACAGCAGGCUGAUCCUCAACAGCUGGCCAGGAUCAUGGCAGUGCUCCAGCAGCAGAGGCAGCAGCAGCAACAGGUCGGAGGUUUAGGCGGCAGCUCCAGACUCUCCCCCUCCCACCACAGUGGAGGUGGCGGAGGGGGUGCCAAACUGCCCGGGGCUGAUCCCCUGCCCCACCCAGGCCUGGCCAGAUCUGUGGCUGACCUGCACCAGAAAACAAUUGGGCCAUACUCUGGGUUUGGUUCAGGUGUGAAUCUCCCAGGUCUCGACCUAGGUGGCUCUGUGGUAGGGGGGCCUGGGGGCAUGAAGGACCUCGGGGGUCAGCAGUCCCGUUUCAAAUGGAUGAUGGAGGGACACUCCUCCCCAGACACCUCCCCAUCUGAGGACGCAUUCCACAAAAAUGGUCCCGUCACCCCUAUGAAGAUGCCCGGGGGCUCGCCCUACUCUCAGUACGACAUGAUGGUUGGAGACGGGCUGGGUAACAACUGGCAUCGCACCCCUGGCAACAAGAUGGGUAGCAAGCCUACCACCACACCCAGCUGGCCCCCUGAAUUCCAGCCUGGUGUUCCCUGGAAGGGAAUCGACCGCGUUGACCCUGAAUCCGACCCCUACAUGACUCCGGGGAGCAUGAUGGGAAACGCGGUGUCCCCCAACCUCAACGAUACUGAGCACCAAUUGUUACAAGACAAUACUGAUUCCACCCCUCCCCUCAACACCUUACUGCCUUCACCUGGUGCCUGGCCCUACAGUGCCUCAGACAGUCCUCUCAACAACGCACACUCAGCAAAGUACACAGACUACAAGACCAGCUGGCCCCCGGAGCCCAUUGGACACAAGUCCUGGAAAGCCAGUCGCGGCAGCAGCCAGUCCCAGCUGUCCCGCCCUCCUCCAGGAUUAGCCAGUCAAAAGCAGCCGUCGCCUUCUCCGUGGUCAGGAGGAGCCCCUCGGUUGGCUGGCAGGGGCUGGGGCGGCGGCUCGAGCACCACCGCCUCGACCUGGAGUGACGGCAGCUCUCGUGAAAGCUGCUGGUUGGUGCUCAGCAAUCUCACACCACAGAUUGAUGGCUCCACCCUGAGGACCAUCUGCAUGCAGCACGGCCCCCUGCUGACCUUUCACCUCGGCCUGACCCAGGGCACCGCUCUGAUUCGCUAUGGCUCCAAACAGGAAGCAGCCAAGGCCCAGAGCGCACUUCACAUGUGCGUUCUGGGUAAUACCACCAUCUUGGCGGAGUUUGUGAGCGAGGAGGAUGUGGCUCGCUACAUUGCACAUUCCCAGGCUGGAGGAGCAGGGAGCGGAGGAAACACCUCCGGCUCUGCGGGCUCCGGACCCAACGCAACUUCCGCAGUGGGGACUAACGGUAACGGAGGGAGCUGCGACAGAGGCGGAGCGGGAGGCAGCAGCGGAGGGGGAGCAGUAGAUGGAGGUUCCACGGCCGGUGGAGCAGGAAACGGAGGGGCCGGACCCGUCAGCUCCGGAUGGCAGAGUCUGGACAGCACAGGCAGCUCAUCGGACCAGUCUGCCAGCCAGGGGCCCGGGCUGGGCAUCUUCGCCCAGUGGAGCAGCAACGGGGGCGGAGUGGGCGGAGCCGGAGGCAUGGAAGCCGGAAGGCAGGGUCUGUGGGGAGGAAUGGGCGGGAUGAGCGGGGCAGGGUACCCCAGCAGUAGCCUCUGGGGUUCCCCGGCACUCGAGGAUCGUCACCAGAUGGGCAGCCCCGCCUCGCUGCUGCCAGGGGACCUGCUAGGCGGAGGGGCCGACUCCAUCUGAGAGUGGGGAGGGGGUCCCGACUGACAUACACACAUGAACAUUUUACACCCAUGUUAUAAAACAUAUGUCACCCUCUGCGUUUAUUUACACGUAGAGGUGACGUGAAUCCAAGCUACACUGGUCACCUAACAUUCAUACUACACACAGGCUACAUGCAGUACACGCACACAUUACUUUCACACAUGAAAACCGCUUAACUUUAAAUGAAGACAACAGUAAAACUUGAACCGGGGAAAAAGGGGAAAUCCAUUAAACUCUUUAGGACUCAACUGGAUAGCUCUUUGUCUUUUUACUCCAAAAAAAUCCCACCAUCUGCAUUCAGAGACCCGAUCACUCAGGCAUGCACUGUAGACAGGCUCAGCCAGAGUCGUACAUGUCAACAAGUUUAGCUAUUGCUGUUUUUAGUGUGCCACAGUUGUUGUUUUUGUUUUGUUUUUUUUUCUUUUCUUUUGUAUUACUAUUUAAUGGUCGAAUCUCAAAAAAAUUCAGACUUGCAGACUGAGCCCUCUUUAGACCUGGCUGGCGUACUUCUGAGUUCGGAGAAGCUCGAGAAGCGGGGGGAAAGGAUCUGGAGUUUGUAGGAAGGUUUUUUUGGGGGACAGCGCCACACUACUGAGUCAAACGGACGAUCAGCAAAACCUUUUGAGAUACGGAAAAAGAAGAGCGUUUUCAGUAGGUACCGACACCUCUACCUUGGUGGAAAUAUGCCAUCAACAUGGGACCCAGGGUUUAAAAAAAAAAACAAACAAAAAAAACAAACAACAAAAAACAACAUUAGCCAAACUUGCACUAUAUAUGCCUCUGGGUUUGUUGUUGACACAUCCUCCACAAUCCCUCCAUUAUUAUUAUUAUUAUUUUUCUUUUUUGAAAGAGAGCUACAACAUAACAACUACACAGACCUUACAGGACGACUAAAUGUCACAACAGCAGUGGCCUUGGCUAACACCCAGCGGCCGCCCGCCCGCCAUGUCAGCAGCAUCAUACCUUUCUCAUCAGUUACACACUGCUCUUAUAUUUGACAAGCAAAAUUGUAUCUCCUUGCUGAUGUACAUCGGUUGUUUAUCUUUUUUUUUUUUUCUUUUUUCUGUUUUAAAAGAAAAAGACAAAAUGUGUGAAACUUUGUGGAAAUCCAGAGAUGUCCUUGUUGUUUUUGUUGUUUUUUUUUUUUUCCUUCAAACACUGACCUCGCUAUUGUAUUUUUUUCUUACUCGAGAAAUCAAGUUGGUUAUUCUAUAUUGUCAUGAUAAUGAUGAUGAUCACUUAUUUACUCGCUGUACAAGGUGCCCUCCUGCCUGCCUGUGUGUGCAUGAAAGGAGCGUUGACAGUAUGACCGAAUGGAGGAGGAAGUGAUGAAGAUAAUGAUGAUGAUGAUGAUAUCGGGAGUGUCUGUGUUAUUGCUACAAUGUUGAAUGUUUUUUUUUUUUUCUUUCUUAUUCUUCUUUCUUGUCCAUGAGAGAUUCAUGAGGUGUGUGUGUGUGUGUGUGUGUGUGUGUGUGUGCUUUUGAACACUUAUCUGCUUCAGUCAGGGAAGUGAAUAGAUGUUUAUCUGACAGCUUGCAUUGAGAGAAAGAUGUGUGUGUGUGUGUGUGUUUGUGUACACGUUUGCGUGCUUGAUCACCAGAUAUUGUGAUAGCUAAAAAGUUCAAAAACAUUGGCACUAUUGCAUAUGUCUCUUAAGUUGUGUUUUUUAGCAGCAUUUUGUUCAUUUGUAUUUUUUUUCUUUCUUCUGUCAAAUGCAAUAAGAGAAUGAUAUUUUGUUUUUAAGACGAAGCAACCAACUGAAGGCAUUUCUAUUAAAGAUGCCAAAUCCUACCAUACCAAGCUGAGCUGGAACAGUGUUUUACAGACACGUUAAAGACAUUACCUGUUUAUGUUUUACUUGUUUGUUUCUUUUUUUUUUUUUUUUGUUAUUAUGUAUCAAUUUAAAUUAAGUCAGUCUUUAUUAUCACUCCUGUUCAGGAUGUUUUCAUUUAUUUCAGAUGUUACACAAAGGAGAGGAAAUUAAUUUAAAGCGGAAAAGAACAAGAUAAUAAAGGUUGA